CGUCUUGAGACUAAUUAUCAUGGUCGCACUCAAACACAAAGCUCGUUUAUUAUUGCACUGACAUCACAUUUGUUUUGGCUUGGCCUACAUGGCAGGAACUUCACAGUGCUACAAUGCUAGAAUCAUGUUUUGAGUUUGACAGAGCAUGCUUUGGAUAGAGCAUCUGUUCCUUGUUGAGUUGUACACAGUGUUAGGCAGAAAGGUUGCUUGCUCUUUACAGUCUUGUCACUUGUCUCUCUUCAAGUGGACUGUCACCCCCCCCCUUUUUUUUGUAUGUGCAGGGCUGCUACACACUAAGUGAGCUGCUCACUGGGGAGUAGUGCUCAAUUCUUGGGAAGCAGUUUUCCUCUCUUGGUCUUGGCCUAGAAAUGCCUUGAUACUUUUUUUAUUAUCACAAUACUUUUCCCCCAGCAUAUUGUAUCUGUACACUGAUUCCAGCUAUUUUUAUACAUACUGCAAGACUAUUAGUAAAAGCCUGAGUAAUUCUGGUCUGAAAAAUGGAAAUGGUACAUAAAAGAAUAGUUGAAUAUUUAAAGGAGCUUCUAGUAAUGGAUGUAUAAUAAAACAUUUGUGAUAUAUAUUUUUUAGUAUUUUUCUAAUUAUGGUGAGUGAAAUGUAAAAUAAUUUUUUGUGUAUUGCAAAAUGUAUCACAGACUAUUGCAUUGCCUAGGGAUUGAUGAGUGAUCCAAUUUUUGGGAUACCGUUAGAUAAUUUAUCAAUCUACUAAAAUUACGACCUCAUUAAACAUGCCAACUCAUUUCUCUCAAGGGUCAUAAGUUCGCCAGUGUCUAUCCCAGGAUGCACUGGGCAGAAGGCAGGAAACAUCCCGGGCAGGUUGCCAGUCUUUUGCAGGAGGAGAGCAUACAGAAAAGCACAGAUAGAUACUCAAACACAUGAAUUCACAAGUAACAGAGGCAGAGUUUGAACUAUGAUGCUUUCAACGGAGUCCAAAAAUAGACAAUGUUGAUGUAAUGUCUAGGUUUAAAUGAUUUUAACAUGCUGGACAUAAAACAUGGCAACAUGGCAUUGUAGGGAUAAGUGGCAUAAAUGAGAAAAAAUGAAAAGGGCCUUGUAUAAAAUCACAGCACAACUACAUUAUAGCCCCUACUCGUCCACGGUAAACCCACACAGGUGUUUUCACUUAAUUGGCUGAUCAGACUGUGUUCCUUUCAGGUUUCUAAAACCUGAAAGGAACACAGAAUGAAUGCAGUCAUCUCCCUAGCCUGGCUCCAGACGUCGGAAUCGCCACCCACAUCUCACUUUUGUUCAGCAAUCCAAAAUAGGUCUGGUGUCGUGCCCAUUGAUGUCUGUUUUUGUCGAUUGGAGACACAGUCGACCAAUCAGUUUGGGUGUUCAACCCUCCGUAGGAAACUGAAUGAGACGCUUCACAAGAGGAGUGGGCAAAACCCAGCAGAGAGAGGCUUGGUGAGAUAGAGGAAGAUAUUAGGCGCGUGGAGAGAAAAAGGAAGAAGGGAGAAGUGAGUGACUGACACCUGCCCUCCAGCUCAGUGUGAAGGGCAAAGAAUGGGAGAGUGAGAGGAGGGGCAUGAAAGGAGGGAAAACAGAAGAGAGAAUGAAGACAACCGGAAAACAAGGACUGCCUCACAGCAAACCUCGCUCAAAUUAGGACAUCUCGCCCCAAGACAAGAUGAUUACAAGAAAUCUGCUCCUGUUGGUUUCCCUCUGUCUGUGGGAGGGGCUUGCAGGAGGUGCCAGUAAGACUGUACGGAGGAGAGGAGUAGGCGGAUCGCAUAUAGUGAAGCUAGGGGACAGCAGAGCUGCGGAACAAUGGGAUGCAAGCGUGGAUGCGAAUGCAAUGCCCAUGGUGACUCUUAGAAACCUGAUUAGUCAUGAGCAGGCGGGUGACACUGGAUCUUUUUCUUAUUCCAAAAUAUUGCAGACUCAUGCUGCUCCAUCAGUAGCUAACAAAGAGAGGAAAGCUUUCAAGCCCAAGCGAGAGGUUGACUCUGUCAAUAAAAAAGAAAUAACUCCACACAUAUUAGCCAAUAACAAGGAGUUAAACCAGGAUGUGAAGAAAGUUAAGAACAACACCAAGAAUGCCGAGACUUCUACUAAAACAGGAAGGUCGGAGAAAACUUUCACAGUCCAUCAUAAACCAGAUCUUCACACAAAUAAAACUAGGUUUAAAUCAGGAUCUAGGUCCAGGAGUAGACCUGAUUUGAAUGUCCAUACUACUGGUGUGCCAGGAAAAGGAUUCAGCAUAGAUUCAAACCGAAAGCUGAACCUCACUGGCAGUUAUGGAGUUUUGAAGCUGCUGUCGAAAGAGAACCUAGUCCGGAUCGUCAAUUCCCAAAUGCAGAGUGUUCCCAGCAUGAGCUUUCCAAGCAAGGGCAGCCGGAGCAGGAAGAGAGAUUUGAUUGACGUUAAUCACGGACAGUUAGAGGCUCAGAAAGGGCCCAGACAAGAUAUGGCUGUCACUCAGUUUCACACUGGAUUUGAUAAUCAGACUGCAUUUCCAUAUGUAAGCCAAGUCACCACUACAGAUCUUAAUCGAGACCAGGGCGCCAACACUCGUGUUAAUCCACUAAUUGAUGUCAACCCAGCUUUAAGUAAAGGGCAGGGCAACCUGGGAAUGCAGAGUUCAGAAAGUGGCGAUAGCAAGAGCAAACACCUCAUCCGUUUACUGUCAACACCUCUCAGUGAGGUCAGCCUCAGCCCCGAGAAGGAAGUAAUAAUAAGCCAAACAGAACCACCAUUUACAUCGACAAAACAUUUCCCACUGGAUGUUCCCUCUGAAACAAAUGAUUCUCCACCGUCUGUGCUGACAAUGCAACCCCUGGGAGUAAGACUGGGGAACAGAGCAGCAGAUUCCCAUAGAGACCCAUUAACAGAGUCAGUUCACACUGCUCAAACAGAAGUCAGCACAGCUCAGUACCCUGUAGAUGAAGACAACAAACUUGUCAACAGCAGUCAUGUCCUGAGGCUCCACCCAGCUCCCGCAUGGAGCCAUGAUACAAAAGACGCUGGGAUGCAAGCUGUCGAUCCAGAAAAUGGGAAGGGCCUUGUGUUUGAAGAAGCAGAGUCAGACGUGGAAGAGGAGGUGAAUGACCGAAUGGAAAAGAAGGGGUCGCGCUCUCGCAGCAGGAGGAGCUGGAUCUGGAAUCAGUUCUUUGUGAUUGAAGAAUAUGCUGGACCAGAACCUGUGCUCAUCGGACGGCUCCACACCGACAUGGACCGAAAUGAUGGACGCACUAAGUAUGUCCUGCGAGGCGAGGGGGCGGGCUCUGUCUUUGUGAUAGACGAGAAGACAGGUAACAUCCACGUCACCAAGCCACUGGACCGUGAGGAGAAGGACGAGUAUCGUCUAGUCGCCACGGCCACCGACAGACAGACUGACCGUGCCCUGGAGCCCUCAUCCCAGUUUAUAAUCCGGGUGCAGGACAUCAAUGACAACCCGCCUAUCUUUGACGAAGGCCCCUACAGCGCCAUCGUGCCUGAGAUGGCAAAUAUAGGCACGUCUAUAAUCCAGGUGACAGCAACAGAUGCUGAUGACCCGACUUAUGGGAACAGCGCCAAGCUAGUGUACACACUGGUGCAGGGCCAACAGUACUUCUCUGUCGAUCCCCAGACAGGUAUUCUGCGCACGGCUGUACCUGACAUGGACAGGGAGACUCAGGACCAGUACCUGGUGGUGCUCCAGGCCAAAGACAUGGGGGGGCACCUGGGUGGAUUAUCUGGGACCACCACCGUCACUGUCAAACUCACUGACGUCAAUGACAACCCUCCACGCUUCACCCAGAGUAUGUGGUCCUUCUCCGUUUCCGAGUUGGCCAUCCCGGGGGCUGAGAUAGGGCGUAUCUCUGCAACUGAUGCAGACCUCGGCGAGAACGCCAAGCUGGAAUAUACCAUCCUGGAGGGGGAGACCGGGGACACGUUCAACAUCACCGGAGUGAACCAAGAGGCGGUCAUCACACUCAACAAGGCAGUAGACUAUGAGAGCCGGAGCUCCUACUCCUUUUCUGUGGAGGUCCUCAACCCCAUAGUAGAUCCUCGCUUCUUGCGUCGAGGCCCCUUCAAGGACCGGGCCUCCAUCAGAGUAGCAGUGCUGGAUGCAGACGAGCCUCCGAGGUUCUCCCGAGCCCGAUACCACAUGGACGUAUCUGAAAACUGUCCGCCAGCCUGCACUGUGGGCCGGGUUAGCGCUGUAGACCCUGAUACUGGUCUUACUAACAAUAUCAGGUUCUCCAUUGAUCCUCAGUCAGACCCAGAGGCUCUGUUUCGUAUCAGCCCAGACACCGGCCUCAUUGUGACAGCCAUGGAAUUGGACCGGGAGCGCGAGCAUUGGCACAACAUUACUGUCAUCGCCACCCAGAGAGACAAUCCCAGCCAGGUGUCCAGAGUUCUGGUUGCAAUAGAAACAUUGGACCUGAAUGACAAUGCACCGGAGCUUGACAGGCAAUACACAACAGCUAUGUGCGACUCAUCCACCAUCGGGCAGGUGGUGCAGGUGUUGCGAGCGAUUGAUAGAGAUGAGGGAGGGAAUGACAGCACUGUGUAUUUCAGCAUCCCUCCGGAGUCCAGCGCUGCCCUCAACUUCAGCGUCAGGGACAGUGGUGGCCCCACAGGCAGCCUGGUGCUUCUGUCCCAGCUCCAGCCACUGUCCCGCUCCCAAUCCUCCACCCUGACGCUGUACGUGCCACUGGUCCUGAGGGACGGGAUGUCAGGCCUCACCAGCACCGGGACGGUCACCGUGUCCGUCUGUCCCUGCCUGAGAGGAGGGGCACGGGCUGGGGAGAAAGAGAAGGAAAAACAGGUCGAGGGCGAGUGGGACUGGGAAAGAGAGGCGGUGUGUCUCCCUCAGCAGUCCACACUUCCUUCCCCUGGGCUCAGUACCGCUGCCCUGCUGGCUAUUCUGGCUUGUGUCGCUACGCUACUAGCUGUGAGUGCCCUGUCCCUGUCAUUGCGCCGUCAGAAGCGCGACUCCCUGUCACCACUGGAGGAGGAUGACGUGCGUGAGAACAUCAUAACGUAUGAUGACGAAGGCGGGGGUGAGGCCGACACCGCUGCCUUUGACAUUGCCGCACUACAAAGUGCCCCGCACAGUUCUCGCUCACGUGGCUAUCGCACACUGGACAGCAGGAAUGUACGUUACGCCCAUCGUAACCAAGAAAAAGCUCGCACCUAUAGCUGGGCUCAAAAUCCAGGUGUGGAUCACAACUACUCUGGACCAGGAGGACCUCUCUAUGGUCGCCUCUGUUACAGCAGCCACACUUUACCUGUUCUCCGCCGCACACCAGGGGGAACAUUUGAACCAGGCCUUGCAGAGCUGGGAUACCGCUUUCCUGGAGGCCAGCCAGACCACUCUCUGGUAAUCCAGAACCAGGGGGCCAUGGUAGGGCCAAUGGAGUCUGGGGCGGUGUACAUAGCUCCCACGGACCACAGCACAGGAAGCCGAACGGGGAGUCGUACGGGAAGCCGUGACGGGACUGCACCCCAAAGUGGAGUGAGCACGUCGGAUGGAGGAACUCCGAGAACCAGUGACAGCCAGGAGAGAGGGGGAGGCACAGGAACUGCAAGCAACUGUACAGAAGGGAGCAGUGAGGACAAAGUGAACCACACUCAAGAUGUGGACUGGGUGCAGUCGGAGACAUUACCCAGAGAACACAACCUCGUCAUGACCCGAUCCGGCUCCAUGAUGGGCCAGGGUCACAGUGCAGGAGGCUGGGUGUGCGACUCAGCCACCCUCCCCAUGGCAGGACGCAGGGCCUCGCGCGCCGGCUUGUCCCCAAAACGCACAAGCUCUGGCCAGGCUGAGUCUGACUCCAGUGGAGGAGGCGGUGGAGGAGGAGGGGGAAGUGGAGGUGGAAAUGGGGGCACCUCCACAGACGGACAACAGCAACCUGCCAGUGGACGCAACUACGCCACUGUCCUGCAGGGGGAGGUAUCUGGACAGAGGGACUACCCCGGAAGUUUGGGAAGAGGAGGACUGGAGAUGGGGAGUAACUUUGUGGUGGCAAGGCCAGACAGGGAGGGUGGAGGGAUAUCAUCAGUCUACCCAGAAGCAGCUGGCUUUAUUGGGGACUGGCGUGAUCGGGUGGGUCUAGGAGGGUAUGUUUUGGGCAGAAGGGAUAUGACCCCCCAGCUUUUUCCCUUCCCAGGGCAGCCACGGGGAGCAUACAGUGGUGUGAUGGGCUUUGGGGGCGGCUGGGUUCCAGGAAUGGAGGCUAUGAGAGGAGCACCAGGACCUGGGGGUCCUUCCUUGGCACUGAGGGUGGGCGAGUUCCUACGUCUGCGUCUUGCCCAGGUCACUUUUGACCCAUCACAGCCACCGUACGACUCUGUGCAGGUGUACGGCCUGGAGGGCACAGGGUCCCGUGCUGGAUCCCUCAGCUCACUCGAGAGUGAAGGAGAGAAGGAUGCAGACAAGGAGGAGUGGGGGGCAGGUCUAGAAGAGUGGGGUCCCCAGUUCCAGAAAUUAGCCCAACUCUUCAAAGAAAGGGAGAAAGAGAGGGAGGAGAAGGAAAAAGUUGAGGAGGGUGCCAAAAAGGAGAAGGAAAAGAAAGAAGAGCCAGAGAAGAAAGAGAAAAAAGAGGGAGGAGAGCAGGCUGGAGAAGAGGGGGAAGACUGAGGAAGGAUAAAAAUGAAACAAAUAAGGGCAAAGGGGGUAAGAGAGGAAGGGAGGGAAUAGGAGGAUGAUGAAAAGGCAACCAGAGCUAGAAUAAUGUGAAGAGAAGUUAAAGGAGAGAAAGAUGAAGAGGCAAAGUAAUAAAAAGAGACAGAGAAAAAUGAGCCUAGGGAGGAUGGAGAAUGCGAGGGCAGGGGAGGGAGUGAUUGAUGUAAUUUAAAGCAAUAAGUGUUGAAACGCUGAUAUGGUUGAGCACAGAUACUGAGACAAUGCAGAAGCUGCUUUUGCUCGGGGCAGCAACAAUUUGUUAAAUGCUUUGGACAAAGAAAAACAACCCAAACAUCCAAGACUCGAUUUAAUUCAACUCUCACGUAUGGAAUGAGAAACGGCGGGAAACAAGGAGGAAGACGUUUCUUGUUUGCGUGUGUCGGUCUACACUCUGUGUGUGCGUGUGUUUGUGUGUGAGGGAGGUCUGUGAGGGAAUAUGGAUGUGUGAGCAAAAGUGCAUAUACACACUUGUACCCGUGAGUGUAUAUGUGUGCAUAUUUAAGAAAGACGGAGCACGAGUGGCAGGGAGAAAUCAGACUGAUGACUAAUGAGACAUAAACUGCAACAUUAGUUUUUGAGACAAUGUGCAAAGAUAAACAUUUAACAAGUUUAGAAACUAGGAAGACGCACAGAAUAAAUGAUCUAUUUGAAUAUAAAGUGAACAGGACAGGGGAUAGAUAUAUAGAGAGAGAAAUGGUCGGAAAGUGAGACGAUUGUACAGAAACUGUUACUUUUAUUCCAUCUGCAGUGGCAGAAAAGUGAAUUAUUCAGCUCACUACUUCAUUCCAAAUGAAAAUGAUGAAUCAUUUAAAUCCUGCAAAAGAUUCUCCCUCCUCUCAGCCCACAAGGAAAACAGACAUUGUGAAAAAUUUAAACGACUGAUCCCCCACUCCCCCACCCUCAUUAUCCCUCCAGCUUUUUGUAGUUGAGUGUUGAUAUGUUUACAAAGAUUCACUCACAAAACACACACAUACACACAAAAGAACUGAUGAACACCAUAAGGCUUUGAUUGUACUACAGUAAAUUAUAAAAAGCAAAACCAUCCACAAGUAUUCCAUCUACUAUAUGGAGUAAUGAUUCUAUGACUCUAUUAUAGAUCUCUUAAAUGUUUUUAUGGAAGAAGUCUCCGAUUUUUUAUGCCCAUCUCCCAUAUUGUCUCACUUGACCCAGCGUGAGGACAAAGUAUGCAUGACUUUUGAAAACAACAUUAAACCUAACAAGGCAAUCAAUUCCACUUUGGACACCACACUGCCCAAAAGAAAAUUUCCAUAGAUAUGUAAUGAAAUCAUAGGGGAACAACACCACAGAGACUCCCACGACAGGCUUUUUGUUCUUAUUAAAGGUCAGGAUGCAAAUGAGCUGGAAUUUUCAGCUGGAAUGCACUUUUAUACUGUGUGAUGUUCAAUAAUAGAUUAUGAGUAAUGUCAAAGAUUACAGUUGUUUUAUAAGAUGUCAAUCAAAAAAAUACAAUGCUUGACUGUAUGUAAAAGCAUUUCAAAUGUAAAUACUACUGAAUCUAAAAGAGAGUAUAUAAAAUUAAAAAUGAGUAAAAAAAUAUAAAACAGAACUUACAAGUCCAAAUGGAGCACUGUUGGGACUAUAUGUAUGUAUUGUAGAUUAGAUUAGAAAUGGAUUAACUGAGCUGGACGUAAUAGCCUCCUGGACUGAAAACAACAUCAUGUAUUCAACAUCUAUGUAGUAAGUGAACGGGUUUGGGUUUGUUUUGUGGUAGCUCUCGUCUGAGAUGGACAAGCCAAGGAUUCAAUUAUAUAUGUGGCCUCUGGCAGAAGGUUGUUGUGCAAAAUAUUAGUUAUAGGAAGCCUCAGAACUAGCCUGUACCAGCGAGAAACCAAUUUGAUGAAAAUCCAAUGGGUUGAGGAGAAAUUCCCCUAAUAGGCAUACAACAAAAAAAUCUGUAUUUUCCCUAAAAUCUGGAUUAUUAACUUUAUGCAAAAGUAGAAUAAUACACUAAAAUUGAAUUUGUAAUACAGUUCAAGGCUGUGCCAUUAGUGUUGCAUUGCCUGAGAGAUAUGUAACAAAGUUUUAUACAGGAACUCAUAUCUACAAAUACCAUAAAGUGUACAUUUUAGAGAUUUUUAAUAUGAGUAUAGGAUAGUGACUGUCUGACAUGCACUUCAGGCAAUGCAACUCAAUGAUCAUUUUAUUAAUGUACUUUGCUUUACCUUGACCACUAGGUCUACAUAUAUCUAAAGUCAAUCAAAUUCUCAAAUUUUGUGGAAUAAUAACCUAAUUGUCAAAUUUGACAAACUAAAUUAUUUGAGUCCAGAGGGGAAUUUUGCCACAUACCCUAACCUGAAUGUGGAUGUCUUUGGUGUGCCAUCGCAGAAAUGUCACAGUUUAUCACUGGUUCACUGUAAAGCCACCCACAUAAGUCAAGAUGCCAGCUUUGCUAGUGUCCACCAGUUUGGUCCACCAUAAUCUUGCUGUCAAGGUGUGCUACUGUCAACACUUACUUUAUCAGUCAGGAAGUCAGGCUUCGCACUGACCAAAAUGAAACCCAUAUACACCUCUGUACCCUUUACCUGAGCCACAGACUUGUCCAGACAGUGCCGCUGUGCAGGCUGGAUGGUAUCAGGACCAAUGUACAAAUACUGCACAAUUACUGAAGAAGAGUGGGGGGUACAGAACCUCGGGGAGUCUGUGUUAUAAUUAAUUAUGGCUGAUCAUAAAUACCUCAACACACUAAAGAUACCCUGUAAACGUGUCAGUGUAAUCGAAAAUGACAUAUGGGCUAUUAACAGUAAUAUAAUGUGUGCCAAUCUUAAAAGACAAGUCUAGUUUAUUAAAACUUGGGUCCUAUUUUUUUUAUUGUUUUUGCCAUUAUUUUUAUCAUGAAUAACAACAUUGUAUGUAGUCUGCAAGGUAAUUGCUAAGAUCUGGGACUGGUAAACACUGCUUUAAGGGAAGUGCAUGGGGCAAGAAACACAAGCUUACAGGUCUUUAACGUACCCUCAGGUUAGCCAAACAUAAUUGGAUGAAACAACAGAGGCAGACAGUAAAAGUAUUACAUAAACUGUCUGUUGUAAAAAUUUACUGCUUGGUUCAAAUUUGAUCUACUGUACUCUCUGUAGUUGUGCCACAGUGUUUUGUGGCAAUGAAGGAUGAUUACAAACAUCUGACCCCAUUUAUACUUAGUCAUUUCAUGUGUUUUGGGAGAAUCAGAUAGCUAUUGGAUAUCAAUAAAAAGGGUCAAGUCUAAUGCAUUCGAGAUGGACUGAAAUCUGAUUGCUCAACAUUCUAGCUAGUUGAAAGAGUGUAAUUGCAUUCACCUCUCUACAAAUCAUAGGUCAUUUUUACUCUUCAGUGAGCAGUCUAUGGAAGUUCCCUCUACAGGGUCUUUCCUGUGACACUGAUACUGAAAUGAUAUUAGCUGUUGUUCUUCCUGUCACAUUAAAGUGUGUUUUAACGUUGCUCUGUAUGGGUGAGGUAGCAGCAUAAAUGACAUUCCAUGAAACUUGUAGUCCUUAAACAGUUUAUCCAUGAGUUUGUGUAAGUUGUGUGGAUUGUUGUUAGCUAGCUAACUAAACUGUUAAUGUUGUAACUAAACUUAGUGCAGAUGUUCUUCAUUUUUGGCAUUUACCAAACAGGUGAGUAGCACUGAUUAGUUGGAAUCUGAAUUACAAAAGUCUUGCCUAGAAAUGAAAAAUGUAAAUUGAGUACCUUUUUGGUUUCCUAUCAUCAUCUGACGUCUUGUCUUUCUCACCCCAUCUGACUUUGUUGUAGAAAUGUUGCCAUGUCCCCAGUACUCAGCAAUUAGUUAGUUGUGUAACUUGUUGUCAUAAAUGAUAGAAAUGAUGGUCAAAACUACAAAAACAAAACCCAAGUUGUUGUUAUGAACCAGAAUUAUCUUUUAAACCUCAUUUUAUUGGAGUGAAAUGCCAAACACUGGUACACCUUAAAUGACUGCCAAAGAACUUGGAACCAUUUUGUUAUGAGAAUAAGCAUUGUUGUAAAGAGCACUAGUGUGUUGGUUUCCCAAUGCAUCAUCUGGGCAAUGCUGUCCUUAGCAUUUAUGUGAAAUGUGCCAACUUUCUGAGCCUCUCUGUCUCUCAACACACACACAAAAAACUAUCCUCAUUUUCAUAACAGUAUUGCCAAUUCUGGGGCAGCCAUUGCAAAAAGCAAUUAGCAUGGUAUACUAAUAAGUGACCUUUCUUACCAUUCUAAUUAUAUAGUUUAUUCCACAGGCUUGAUUGGCUCCAGGUGUUUCUUCUCUGCUGAUUGGUCUAAUUCAAAGUUCUGCUCUGGCUGAUUGGUCAAAAUCAAAGUGAUGAUUCUCCUGAUUUGUCUUAUUUCAGAGCUCUGGAGUGCUGCGCCGACUAAACCACUUGACGGAGCUGAUUAUCCCACCUCCUGAGCCCGGCAAAUUGGUUCAAUCAAAAGCGUGAUUAGUUGAAUCAGUUGUUUUAAAUAGAAUAAAAGCCUGCAGUCUCUGCAGCACUCCACAGCUCUUUUUUAGUCUUUAAGCUAGCUUAGAUGCAUCAACCGACAGUGGCAGACGAAAGUGGUUCUGUCAGGCCAUUUGUCAAGUCCUCUGUCAAAGAAACCCCUAUAUACUGAGGAUAGUUAACUCACACUUAAAUUAUAAGAGCAGGUAUCUUAGCAUCAAGAUAUGGUGACAGGUUGGUUAAGGUGCAAUUUGAAGGUCAUCUGGUCUGAAAAGUCCUCUUGACUCCAAACAGGUAGACCCCAUCGGUUCUGUGUCCCCCAGUGACUUCAUUGCUCCCGCACGAUGUUGAUACAAUUCCACAAUUGCGUGCUGAACAAAGUGUAUUUAUUUCUGUUGUACUUUUUCUUUUUGUAAAUUUGAAUAAAAAA